ACCAGUUAAGUUAAGUUCAAGUACAUUAGUCAAACAUCAUUGAUACUGAAUACUAGCAGGGAUUUGAGGCGUAUUUUGGGUAUCUGAAGGCAAAGUUGACACUGAAUUUGGUAUCACUUGAUUCGUGGGAACUACUCAGAAAAUGGGAGGACAUAUAAUCUGAAUCAAGUAAAUAAUGUCUGUGUUUGGUACCUGCUUGGUUUGGGCUGAACAAUCUCUGUGCAUAUACUGCUUAUUUGGGCUUGCUUGUCACAGCAUUCAGCAUUUGUGAACGGUGUCUCUCUGUACAGUUUUUAAGGAAGCCUAUUCCUAAGUCUUACUGGUCCAAGGGUCUGCACCCAAGAUGGAGAACUCUACAAAGAGAGAAAACUCAAACGAACUAACACUCGAUUGCAACAUGACAGGCACUCACGACUUCAUUUCUACAUUCAUCCCUGUCGUGUACAGCUGUAACUUUGUCAUUGGCAUCGUGGGCAACAGCAUGGUGGUGGCGGUCAUCCACUACUACAUGAAGAUGAAGACAGUGGCCAACAUAUUUGUGCUGAAUCUGGCCGUGUCUGACCUCACGUUCCUCAUCACUCUGCCCAUGUGGGCCACCGUCACGGCCAUGGGCUACCACUGGCCAUUUGGCAGCUUCGUGUGCAAGGCCACGGCCGCGCUGGUCCUCUUCAACCUCUACACCAGCGUUUUCUUCCUCACGGCGCUCAGUAUCGACCGCUACCUGGCCAUCGUGCGGCCGGUGGAGUCGCGCCGCUACCGCACGGUGCGCUACGCCCGGCUCACCUGCAUCCUGGUGUGGACGGUGUCGCUGCUGCUCAGCCUCCCCACCGCCUUCACGCGCAGCACCGUGCACAUCCGGGGCAACAACAUCACCGUCUGCGCCAUCCGCGGCGACGAGUCCAACCGCUUGCUGGUGCCACUCAGCCUGAUGAAGGGCGUCCUGGGCUUCCUCGUGCCGCUCGGAGUCAUCCUCACCUGCUACUGCCUGAUCGGACGGGCGCUGCAGGGGCCGAAGGUCAGCAUCCAGGGGAGCAACCGUUGCCAUAGCGACGAGGUGCUGCAUAUGCUGGCGGCGGCCGUGAUGGCCUUCUUCCUGUGCUGGGGUCCCCACCAGGUCUUCAACCUGCUGUACCUGCUGGUGCAACUGGAAGUGAUCAGCGACUGCCGCAAGCUGGACGUCAUCGACACGGCCAUGCCGUUCACCGUCUGUAUUGCCUUCUUCAACACCUGCGUCAACCCCAUCCUGUACGGCUUCGUGGGGAAGAACUUCCGCUGGAGCCUGCUGAGGCUGCUGAGGUGCGCCCAGGCCAUGCCGGUGUCCUCCCAGUCCCACCCCAGCCUGUCCACCAAGAUGAGCACCCUGUCAUACCGCGGCUCCAACAGCCUGCUCCUCACAGCUGCCAAAACAUCCUCUCUGUCUCGAAGUGAGCACUGCGUGGAGAAGAAAUAACAGGCUGAAGGGAAAACAAGCACCAUGCUGUGCCAAAGCAGAGCCCACCACUUGAAAAACAAUGUUGUUGCUUCAAAUAUCUCACACUGUUGUUUUGGUGCACUAAAAGAUUGUUUUAACUAAGGGACAUUUAAAGACUGCAGAAAGAGACAGAUGUGCAUAUUAUGUAUUUAAGAUAUGUUUUACUAGUAAAACAAGGCACUGAAAAUAUUUGUGUAUGAUGAGUCUGAAUAUCUUAUGUUCAGAUGUUUAAAAAUACUCUUGAAGUUCCUUCUGUGAUUGUGAACUAUUACACAAUCUUUUCUCUUGAUUUGAUUUUGAAGAGAAAAAGUUAACUGACAAAAUGACCAAGUAAGCUGAAGAAAAUGAAUUAAAUUAUUCCAUCAUCAUACUACAACUUACUCUGCAAUACUGCAAAGUAUUUAUGACAUUGAUUAUUAAUGAAUGAUAUUGCUGCAAGUCUGUGCUUUGUAAUUCAACAUAAUUCAGAUGGAGUCAACAAACAAAAUUAAGCAUUUAUUGUCAGGGUUGUUUCAUGUUGCCUAGAGCUUUUAAAAUCAUUGA